AUCUGGGCGGUGCGGAAAACUGACACCCGGGCGAGGACCGGGAUUUCGCUCCUCCUGGGCUGCCGGGGGAGGGGCUCGCCCCAUCACUCUCCUCCGGCUCUGGCCUCGAUGGCAUUUAAAGGGCGGAGGGCUGGUCGCACCCUGCCGGCGAGGCUGGUGGCCACGCUGGAUGGGUCGCCCUUGAGCUUCGGUGCGGUGCUGCCCGCCCAGACCCGGGCGCGGCUGGACAUGGCCACUUACUGCGACUACCCGGGCCCCUCUUCAACCCCGCCCAGCCAGGCCCGGGUUCCCGCACACCCCCCGGGCUAUGCGCCUGGUGAUCUGGGCAUCCCGGGAGGGGGCCCGCGCCUGUGGGUGAACGCACCCGCGCUCAGCCCCAAAUCCUGUGCUUCUGACCCCGGGCCCGCGCUGCCCUACGCCGCCCCCGGCUACGGGGCUCCCGGCCCGUUCCUCGACGCCCCGGGCGGUCUGGCAGGAGCCGACCUCGCCUGGCUGAGCCUCUCCGGCCAGCAGGAGCUGCUGAGGCUGGUGCGGCCGCCCUACUCCUACUCGGCGCUCAUCGCCAUGGCCAUCCAGAGCGCGCCGCUGCGGAAGCUGACGCUCAGCCAGAUCUACCAGUACGUGGCCGGCAACUUCCCCUUCUACAAGCGCAGCAAGGCGGGCUGGCAGAACUCCAUCCGCCACAACCUGUCGCUCAACGACUGCUUCAAGAAGGUGCCCCGCGACGACGACGACCCAGGUAAAGGCAAUUACUGGACCCUGGACCCCAACUGUGAGAAGAUGUUUGACAACGGGAACUUCCGAAGGAAGAGAAAGAGGAGAGCAGAAGCCAGCGCCGCCGCGCCCUUGGGAGCCAGGAGCCGGGGAGGGGCCGAGGCACCCUCGCUGGAGCCCCAGGGCGCAGCUCGCUGGGACCUGCAGGCCUCGCCCUCUCGGUCCACACCCGAGGCCGCCACCUGCUUCUCGGGUUUCGCCUCCGCUAUGAGCGUUCUGGCUGGCGGUCUUGGCACCUUCCCCGGGAGCCUGGCAGGCGACUUUUCUUUCGGGAGGCCGCAGACAACGGUCGCCACCCACGAUCCCCAGGCCCUUGGCCCCUCGCCUAGCUUCGCCCUUGGCCACCAGACAGCGGCCACUGGCUUCCACGUCAGUCACCUCCUCUACAGCCGGGAAGGGACCGAAGUUUGAAGGGAGGCUGGAAACUAGCCCAGUGCGUGUCCAGAGGUGCUGAGCUCAGGCCUCCGGUUUCCCUUGUGACAGUCCCACGUGUUGGUGCCAAAGGCCUCAGUGCCAUGGGAGGAAGCACAGAGACGGGCGGCCCCGCCAGCAGGGAGCUGGGCUGAGAAUGCCUGGGCCUCGGGGUGGGUGGCCCGUCCGCUGUACACCUCUCACCCAGGCGACCUCCAGAGCCUCUCUAUUCUUCCUCUAAGCCCAGCCCUCCUGGGUCUCUAGAGCCUGUGCUCACUAGGAAUGUGCCUUGAAGGGGCGAUGAGUUGGCGCUCAGCUCCAAUGUUUCCCAAAGAGGCUGGCUGACCCCAAAAAGCCUUAGAGCAGGUGGGAGGAAGGUGGGCUGCAGGAGCUGUGGGAGCGAUUUCCAACUCCGCCCAGCCUGGCCCAUCUGGCUCAGGGCCUUCCCUCCUGCUUUAGGGAGGCUGCUGCAGGGGCGGGGGACAGGGCUCAGGAGCAGCCGCGGGUGGGGCCAGGUGGGCCAGGAGCCUCCCGGGAGGGGGUCUGAGACUAUUGGGUCCCUUGUAAAAAAGAACUUGCUAAUGGUUGGAACUCUGGUGGUUGGAGGGAGAAGCGCUGAGUGGGCAGAGAGUGCCCUUGGGGAUGCCAGCUCCUUUCCCUGUUACUCAGCUCUGGUCAUUGAUGGCCCUGCUCUAGGACAAGGCACCUCCCCAGGACCCUGCCAUCCCUGACCUCAGGAGCAGUGCCCAACACCCUGGAGUCCCCCAAGGGUCGGGGUUUUUGCCACUCCACCCACACUCACACUCACACAUGCUCAUGGGAGGCCACACCUGUUUUGGUCUCUUUCCCCUCCAACCCUCUGCCCACAGUUUGGGCCAAAGCUGGCCCUGUGUUCAGAGACCCUGAGCAGCAGGCUCCUGUGUGGACGGAACCCACCCCACCCAGUUUGUUCUUAGAGAUGGUAUCUUUGUGAAAUGCAAGGAGCCCCCAUCACUGGGAAGAGGAAUUUUGGGCUCCGGACUCCUCAGAAGUCCUAAGUGCCCCAGUCAGAUGCCCUGUGUCUUUGUGGCAUCUGGCACUCUCUGGAGAUGAAGAUGUUGGUGGAGGCGUACCCAUCUUCCCUGCGUGUUCGGGGAGGGCUGGAGAGGGGUCCUCCUAGGAAGAGAGUGGAGAGAGGGUGCCGUUAAUCUGGAGUGGGGCAGGCUGGUUUGGCAACCUGAAGCCCCAGCCACACAGGUUUUCCUAAUCUGCCCUCUAGGCCCCUCACUGCCACUGCCACCAUGGCUGGAAAUGAGAGCAGGGCUCCUGUCUGUCUCUUAGAGCUGACUCAUCAUGGCCCUGCCGAAGAGUGGUGUGUGUGUGUGUGUGUGUGUAAGACAGAGAGGGAGUUGGGAGAACAUAGAGAGAAGGAGCUAGGAGUUGGGAUGAAUCUGGUCCCUGGCCAUGUGUUUCACCAGCAGUGGCUCCUAACUCCAUGUGGUGUCCCUGCUGCUGCCCGCCACAAGCAGGUGGGCAGCGUGCCAGGUGUGUCAAAGGUGAUGAUGAUGCGGAACCAAACUCACAACGAACCCACAAUCUCUCUUGGGGGGACACUCCCCAAAUUCACUACAACUAAAGAAGGCCAGGAAAGGAAAAGAAAUUCCUUAGCUUACACAUUUUAAAAAUUUUCUCUUGAAUCUAUUUUAAUAGAAUAAAAUACUAAAAACACCAGUAUAUGUAGCUUG